UCUCGGGCCUCAAUCCUCCUGCCAUCGCCGCCAUCCUGGCCUCGGGGGCGCCGGCCUUCAGGUCCCCGGGAGGAGAACUCCCAGAGCUACUAAAUCCUCGCUGGAGGCGGUGGUUUUUUAUGCGGGGUGACGUGGCGGAGGGCCCGACUUUGGGAGCCGGGGCCGGUCGGUCUUUGAGGUCCUCAGAGGGACGUGGUGGGCGGGAAUGGGGCGACCGGGCUCCUCCACUAGUGGGGCCGCCUGUGGUGCGUGCGGACUCCGGAGAUCCAGUGUCCAGUGGUAAUCUGUGAAAAUGGUUCGCUAUUCACUUGACCCGGAGAACCCCACGAAAUCAUGCAAAUCAAGAGGUUCCAAUCUUCGUGUUCACUUUAAGAACACUCGUGAAACUGCCCAGGCCAUCAAGGGUAUGCAUAUUCGAAAAGCCACGAAGUAUCUGAAAGAUGUCACUUUACAGAAACAGUGCGUACCAUUCCGACGUUACAAUGGUGGAGUUGGCAGGUGUGCCCAGGCCAAGCAGUGGGGCUGGACACAAGGUCGAUGGCCCAAAAAGAGUGCUGAAUUUUUGCUGCACAUGCUUAAAAACGCAGAGAGUAAUGCUGAACUUAAGGGUUUAGAUGUAGAUUCUCUGGUCAUCGAGCAUAUCCAAGUGAACAAAGCACCUAAGAUGCGCCGACGGACCUACAGAGCUCAUGGUCGGAUUAACCCAUACAUGAGCUCUCCCUGCCACAUUGAGAUGAUCCUUACCGAAAAGGAACAGAUUGUUCCUAAACCAGAAGAGGAGGUUGCCCAGAAGAAAAAGAUAUCCCAGAAGAAACUGAAGAAACAAAAACUUAUGGCACGGGAGUAAAUUCAGCAUUAAAAUAAAUGUAAUUUAAAGGAAAA